CAGGCAUAGGUAGUAGGUACCUUGAGGUAAGACUCAACCACUUCAUAUCUUGAUAACCAGCAAAAACCCGCCAUAUCUCAGAAGUCCCAAUGGCGAAAGGCAAGGAACCAAAAGGUGUCCAGAACCGCAUCAUCUACUCUAGAGCAUCGUACCUCUAUCAAGCUGCCUCAUAUCUUACCAAACAUUCCUCAACUGGGCAAGAUGCUGCAGCAAAAUCAUCAGCCUCAAGCCACGGGCACAAGGUUUCCCCUCAAAUAAGAAACGAGGAAAAGGCGCUGAAGAAUUUGUCUCGUGAGGCCCUUUCAGACCUGCGAGCUGUGACUCUCAAAGCACAAAUACGGCGAAGUCCGGCUAUGAAGCAAACUAUUUGCAAGUUUUGCGACACUCUACUGGUCGAGGGUGACACCUGUACAUCAACCGUGGAGAAUGCGAGCAAAGGAGGGCGAAAGCCAUGGGCUGAUAUCUUAAAUAUCAACUGCAAGACUUGUGGUAAUGUCAAGAGAUACCCAGUCUGUGCCCCGAGACAAAAGCGGAAGCACAUGCGACCGCUUGAUUAUAAAGAAGGCACAGAACAUAGCAGCAAUGAAUUAAAAGUACAAGGGCCGGCUGCCCAGACAACACCACACGAAAGGCCCAUCUCGACACCAGGCCAAACGCCAGGCCAAACGCCGGGACCUUGAAGAAAACAAGAGGAAGCCAAGGUCGUUCCAGCAACGAAUAGACUGACGUCGUGCUCAAGGACCAAGCCCAGCUUAAGUUGUAUUCAGAGAAAUUACGUCAAGCCAGAGACUGGGAAAGCUGCUUGAGUCUUGACUCGAACAUUGAAACUGCACUUUUUCAGCUGCACUAGAACAUAUGUGUUCUCCGCUAUAUCCAUCGCAGUUCAAGCUUUCUAGCUGGAGGUUGCCAUCCUCUCAUAGCAUAUUUUUAUGCUGACAAUAGACUACAGACCAGGGCUUUUGGGAAGCCACCCGGCCUUCUUCUUAAGGCUGGGAGCACUGGAGAAGCUUAUAAAGAUAUCGAUGCUAUAAUUCUACCAAGCUCUUACACAUCAGUCAGCAGGAAGCAUAACUUCUUGCUGAGAGGAUGUUUUUUUUUUUU